GUCUUCAGCUGACCUCUUGGCCGUCAGACUCAUUGCAGAACAUCUUGCAGGUCAACCUUCCACUCACCUCCCGCCGACCACAAUGUCCUUCACGCAGCCAAAUGCGACGCUCUACGUCCACAAUCUGAACGACAAGGUCAAAAAGCAAGAACUGCGUACGCAGCUGUAUGCGCUUUUCACGACAUACGGACGGGUCAUCGACAUCGUCGCAAUCAAAGGUCCAAGGAUGCGCGGGCAGGCGUUCCUCGUGUUUGCCGAUCUCGCAGGUGCAACCGCAGCGCUGCGUGCGUGCGAAGGUAUCGUUUUCUACGAUAAGCCGAUGCGGAUAGAGUAUGCGAAGUCAAAGUCAUAUGCGACGUUGCAACGCGAGGACCCGACCUUCAUCCCUCCAACAUCUGUGCACGCAAAAAAUGUGACGAACGGCAAGCAAGCAAACGGCGAGAAGCGUCAAAGGGAGGACCGCAUGGACGAGGAUGGGCCGCAAGCUAAGCGGGAAAGGAAUGAUGAUGAGGAUGGUGAGGAGAUGGAGAUUGAUGACGACGACGAGGGCCCUAGGCAAACCACAACGAAUACAAGUGGGAUGGGAGUCGUGCCUCAAGCUGUGAAUAACCAAUCUGCCCGAUUGCUAUGUACAAAUUUGCCUCAGGAGGUCACGGACGAUGUGCUAUCCGUGCUGUUCCAACAAUACCAAGGCUUCCAAUCCACACAAGUUGUCCCAUCUCAAACGCCAAAUGCGGCUGGGCAGAAAGCCAAGAUGGCACAAGUUCUGUUUGACUCUCCGGAGCUUGCAUCGGUCGCAAAAGAGGCCUUAGACGGCUUCACGUUAAAGAAAGGAUGGGUGAUGUCUGUCGCCUAUAUCUGAUUUACUGUACCAUUUUCUUACGUUUUCAAUGUACCGCCUUCUUGGGAGUUCUCUGACGUAGCUGUGGUCGAUCUUGACCUGUCUCGUCACCACUUUCCCACCAGCAACU